AUGAUAAGUUAAUAAAUGCUUUUAAGAAUAUUCAAGAAAGUGUCUUAACAAAAGAAUUUUAUUUUUAGACCAUUACUGAGAUAUGGAAUUCACAAUUAAGAUUAGAAACCAUUUUAGAAAGAUUUAGAGAUAGAUUAAUUCUUUUAAUAAACCAUUUAAAUAGACGAGAGUCUAACAAAUGAAUCUGAAAUAGAUAAAUAAAAUUAAGGAUUAUAAUCAAAGCAAUCUUAAGGCUAUAAGAUAAAUAGGGAGUCUAAGAGCAUAGAUCAACUUAUAUAGGAAAUUAUUAAUGCAAAUUAGUAAUAUUAGAUAACACUUUUGAGAGAUUUGUACCUUCAUUCACCUCUUACUAUGAGAGAAGGAAUUAAAGAUGCUGUCAAAAAUACUUAUAACAAAGAAAUUUCUUCAAUGUUGAGAUUGCAGGCUAAUUAUUAUUUAAAAAAGCAUAAUAAAUCACAACUUUUCCUUUUAUUCAAAGUGAUCAAUAUGUAUGGCAAUUAUCUAUACAAAAGUUUGCAUUAACAAUGUUUUAAAUUUGAUGCUUUUGUAAGAGAGGAAAUUUUGUAAAAUGCAGAACCAUUAAACUAUAUAACUCUUUCUAACAUAUACAGUUACUUCUUAUAGAAUUUCAAAGAAGAGUAAUUUUUAGAAACAAGUAAAAUAAUAAACAGCUAUGUCAUGUCUAAUCAAGAUAAAUAUCCAGAUAGUGCUAUUACUACUCACUAUCUGAGGUACAAGGAUAUAUUCCACUUGAGUUAAAAUGAUGUUAAACUUAAUUUUAAUGAGAACCUAUCAGAUUCAACAAUACUUUUAAUCAAAUUUACAAGUUGCAAAUAAAAUAAAAUUGCAGAUGAUUUAUGGAAUCAUAUUAAAAAGCAGUAAUUUGAUAUUUAGACUCUCAAUUUACUUUUCUCUAACAACCUAAAAAUUGGAGAGAUAAACCUCAAUCAAAGUUUGAAAAAUAUUUAAGAAAAACAAAUUUAUUCUUUCAAAAAUAAAGCUGAUAUCAUUUACACUUAUACUUCUUUGACAACUCUUUUCAAGCAUUUGAUUCACUUCUUUGAAAAAGAGUAAAGAAUAUAAUAAGUUAAAAAUAUUGGUUUGCAAUCUACCUCUAAGAAACGCUUUCCUUUCGUAACAAACUGCAUAGAAGCAUAAUCUAUUUUCCUGCCUCUAGGCUACUCACCAUAGUAAGAAGAAUGUUUCAAAACUCUUCUAGAAAUUACAAAAUAAUACAUUUAAAUUCUUGACAAGAAUUCUUUCAAGACAAACUUGACAUUAAUAAAAACAUCUCUUUUUUAUCAGAUUUCAAAAAUUUAAAUGGACAUAGAUCCUGAAAUAGUGUAAUAUGCUUUUGAAAAUAUUAGAACCUACUACAAAUAUAUCAAAGGAAUGCCAAUUAUAAACUCUUUUUGCACUCUAUGUAAUUUUUACUAGCAUGAUUAAUUUAAAUAAGAAGUAACAGAAAUUAUUUAGCAAAUUAGACCUAAUAUCAUUGAAAACUUGCAUAACCUGAGAUACCAAAAUGAUAUAUUUAUAAUUUCAUACUCUGCAUACUUGUUUUUGACAAAACUUGACUAAAUAGAAAUAGCUCAAUAGUUGAUUGACAUUUUAGAUUAAACUGUUAUAGAAAAUAAAUUUAUUUCUUAUAAUACCAUCUGCACAAUCCUCUUUCUUGAGUUAAUCGAAUAGUAAAUUCCAAAGGCUAAAAAGGUUUUAAACAAUCUAAAAGAAAAAAGACUAUAAAUUAGUUUCAUUCAUAUCAAACAAGCACUUAUUCAUAGCACUCCUUCUAAUAAAUUAGUUCAUUAAUUAAUUAUUGAUUGGUUCGUUUAGAACGUCUAAAAGCUAGAAAUGCAAGAAAUUACUUUUUAUUUACACUUCUUGAAUAAAAAAAAGCUAAGCCACUUAAUAAGAAAAAAAUCUGAUGUGAUACAAGAAUUAAAGCAAAAAUUCCUGAAUAGUAAACAAAUUACAAAUUAUAUGAUGACAGAGUACAGAAGAAAUUUUUUUAUGGAUGAUGAGCUUUUAUAAAUGCUUGAAUAACAAAUUAUAUAAUAAAUAGAUAAAAAGUAGGUAAAACUUGAGAAAGCAAUCGAUUCAUUCUACAAUAUAACAAGACUAAGACAUGCAAAUUAAUAAUUUGUUGAAAAAAUAAAUUCUUUACCAUAAUAUUUAUACUAAAAUUUGGGUUUUUCAGAUUAUGUAAAAUUAAUAAACUCCUAUAUCCAUCAAGAAGUAAGCUAAGAAAUUAUCUAGAAGGCUAUGAAGGAUCUUUUAUUCAAAAUAUAAAAUGGCUAAUUUGAUUUAAAAUAAGAACCUUUCUAGCAAAAAAAGAUAUUUUUUAUUUGUUUAUAGCAAAUUAAAUUCUAAUAUCCUUAAUUAAAUCUUUAAGAUAAAAUUAUUGCUUCAUUCAUACAUGAAAUGCAAAUAAAAAGUAAAGAAGAAGGGCUACUCAGUGCUUAAAGCAUAACUGAGAUUGAUGAUUCAGAGAAUGAAGAAGAAAGUCACUCUUCAGCUGAAUAUUCUCCAUAUGAAAAGAUCAUUUAAGACAGCUUGUAAAAUUUAAAUAUACCGUUUUAACGCGAAUAUGUAAUAGAGUAUUUCAAGACUGAUUUCUAUUUGCCAUAAUAAAAAAUAAUUAUAGAAUUCAAUGGAGACCUCCACUUCUUUAAUGGAGAAAUUACUCCUCCAACCAAAUAAAAAAUUAAAUACCUAGAACACUUAAAUUACAAAGUGAUUGAGUUAAGUGUCAUAAAAUAAAAAUAACUUUUCAGCUAAGAAAAUAUGACUCAACAUUUAAAAGAAAUUAUAUAUAAAUGA